CAUUAAAUUAAAAUAAACAAAGUCAUUUCACAUAUCUAAAAUUCCUAUAAAAUUUCGUUUUAAUAUAAACAUGUACUGUAUCAAGAAUUUGUGCACAAAAAACAAAACGUGAUAAACAAAAACAUGCCUCGAAAACCAUGCUUUUGGACGCGCAAAUUGGAGUUAGAGUUAGUUGAAUUUGUUCGCCAAAGAGAAUUUAUAUGGAAACCGUUUAAUAACACGAAUCAUCAAAUUCAACAAAAAUAUAAAGCAUACGCCGAGUUUGCUGCGAAGUUGGGUCGGGGUUACACUGCUCGUUCAGUUAGAGAUCGCUGGGUUAACAUUAGGAGUACUUUCAAUCACAAUCUUCGGCGUGUAGACAAGUCCAAAGAAACUGCCAGGUCAUCUGCUGAAGUAUAUGUGCCAUGCUGGCCACUAUGGAAACCAUUGCAGUUUUUACGAGACACGUCAAAAAGGGAAGAUACAGAUUUUGAGAAUUACUCAUCAAUUCAAACAAAGUUAAGCAAUGUUGAGAUGAAAGAAGAGUUGCAAUCAGACAUGGAAGAGAUAAACCUUGGCAUAAGACAGCGUGGCAAACGGACAGACAGACCUAGAAGAAAAUUUAAAUCGCCCACUAAGAUAAUUAAGAAACAAAACAAAUGUGUUAACUUUAUUGACAAUCUUCUAAUAGCUAUGAAACCUAUUUCUGAACCAUGUACAGAUAAUAUGCAGUAUUGGUUCUUUGGUAGACAUGUCACUGAAAGACUGAAUGCCAUGAGAGAUGUAGAUGCGGCUUGUGCUAGUCGAGACAUAAUGGCAUAUCUAAAUCAAUGUAGAUCUAUAAAUGAUAGUGAUGUCAAAAGUGAAGAUACUUUAGAGUAAAAAAACAUACUUUCAUGUAAGGUACA